CCUUGUAUUUUGUGCGACAGAUCGCGCGUCCUCUUUUUUGCUUGCCUCAUUCGUUCCACCAUUUUACAUUAUUUCAUGGGCGUUGUUAUUGGACAAGGAAGAAGGAAGAGACCAACAAGGCUACAACAACCACCAACACUGCUGUAUCUGUCGAGGAGGAGAAGACAAAACAGCAGCUAAAGACUAUCCGUCAGCUACCCUUGUCCAUUGAUUGCUCAUUGCUCAGAUACCCUUGAUUUUUGGAGGCGAAUUGAAUCCAUUUAAAAACACCAGUUUAGUAAAUAAUCUACAGUCGGCAAGAUGAGUGAUGAUGUGACAGCACCGUUGGAGUCCUAUGACGAGGAUGUUUUCGUGGAUAGUCUGGAAGAUCCAGCUAAGAAGUAUGCUGGCAUGAUGAAGAAGGCGGCACCAGUAGCGCCCAAACAACCCAUGGCACCUAUGCCAGAAGAUGAAGAGCUCUUGCCUCCACAAUUCUUCGGUUCCAAGCUCAUGUGGCUGGGCUUGUUUUGGGUUACCUUGGUAGCAGUUGUUAUUGUUGUGGCAGUCCGGGCUACUCAAAGUGAUGAUCCCACUUCUGCCCCAAUGACAAUGGCUCCCACAGUAGCCAAUGCCACCGUUAUUCCGGAUGCAAAUGCCACCGAAAUUCCGGAUGCAAAUGCUACCGAUAUUCCUGCUACCCCAGCUCCCACGGCUGGUCCUCCUGUGAGUGCCCCUGUGGCAACCACAAUGGCUCCCACAGUUGCUGCCACUGUCCCACCAGUGGCGACCACAAUGGAUCCUACCGAUGCUGCAACCGUCCCUCCCGAGGAAACCACAAUGUCUCCCACAGCCGCUGCUACCGUCCCACCGGUGGCAACCACUCUUUCCCCGACAGCAGCUGCUACUGGAACUCCUACAAUGAUUGCAGUUGAAACUGGAGCUCCUACAAUGAUCGCAGUGGCUACUGGAACUCCUACAAUGAUCGAGGUUGCUACUGGAACUCCUACAAUGAUCGAGGUUGCUACUGGAGCUCCCACAGAAACUCUCUUGGAGGCCACUGUCGAGCCGACGACUGCUCCAGUCGCUGCUACGGAUGUACCCGCCACUGAUGCUCCAGUAGCAGAAACAGGAGCACCCACCAUAGCUAUCACCCAGCCACCCACUAUCCUCACCGAAGCACCCACGGUACCGUUGACUCUUAUCGACUACCUACCAGACUACAGUGUGGAAGCUAUUUUGAAUCCCACGAGCCCCCAAGCAUUUGCUCUUCUCUUUGUGAACUAUGACGUUAAUAUUGACACACGAACACCUGAGCAGUUGGUACAGAGAUUUGCAUUGGCCACUCUGUAUUUUGCGCUUGGACGGUCGUGGACGCAAGGGAGUGUCUUGCCUUCGGAAGAAGAGUGCACGUGGUUUGAAGACACGGGCAGUUACUGUAACGAGGAUGGAUUUCAGGAAGGCCUCUUGUUGGAAAACAACAACCUGGAGGAUGGACCCAUUCCUCCAGAAAUUGGCUUGUUGACAUCUCUCAAAGUUGUGGACAUGUCCGACAAUGAGAUUGUGGGAGAUAUCCCCACCUACUUUGGGCAAUUGACAAUCCUAGAGACUUUGAGACUGGCACGGAACGAACGACUGAUGGGAACCGUCCCAACCGAGCUCGAAAAUAUUCCAACACUGCAAGAGUUGGAUCUUUCUGGUUUGGAAUUUGUGACGGGAACCAUUCCAGAGGGUCUGUGUGAUGUCCCGAACCUUUUGUUUGACUGUUCACCAACACUGUGUGGUUGUGAUUCUUGUCAGUGCGAAGCUCCGCAGUGAGUGCGAGAGACAAGACGAGACGAUGAUAGUCUUAUCGUAGUUAGGACGGUCCCCUCGGUUCAAUGUUUAUCUGGUUGCGUGCGUAGAGGUAAACUGUUAUAAUAUCUACUAAUAUCUGAUUUUGUUAC